CAACUGCUCGCCCCCUUCCCGUACUCCCUAUCCAGGUCGAAAUGUGAUGUUGGGGUGAAGUAAACCGUUCAGUGCCAUUCAUGUAAAACCGGCGUUUGAGAUUUGAACUCCUUCCCCCCCCCCAAAAAAAAACAGCACGGUCAAUAUGCCGGUCCAUUCUAGGGAUAAGAAAGAGAAUAAUCACGAAGACAUGGAUGUUGACUUCCCCGAGAACGAAGGCAGCAGUUCAGAUGAUGAGGACACGGAGAGUUCCUCGGUCUCGGAAGAUGGGGACAGCUCAGAAAUGGAUGAUGAAGACUGUGAAAGGAGGAGAACAGAGUGUUUAGAUGAGAUGUCCAAUUUGGAGAAACAGUUUACAGAUCUAAAAGAACAGUUAUAUAGGGAAAGGUUAAGUCAAGUGGAAGCAAAACUUGAGGAAGUUAUAGCAGGAAAGGCUCCUGAAUAUUUGGAACCAUUAGCAACUCUACAAGAGAAUAUGCAAAUUCGAACAAAAGUUGCAGGUAUCUAUAGAGAACUCUGUUUGAAGACUGUAAAGAAUCAAUAUGAGUGUGAAGUCCAGGCAGCAUUCCAACACUGGGAGAGUGAAAAGCUCCUUCUCUAUGAUACUGUACAAAGUGAACUGGAGGAGAGAAUUCGGCGCCUUGAAGAAGACAGGCACAGCAUUGACAUCACUUCAGAACUUUGGAAUGAUGAACUACAAUCCAGAAAAAAUAAGAGGAAAGAUCCAUUUAGUCCAGACAAAAAGAAAAAACCAGUGGUUGUCUCUGGUCCUUAUGUAGUUUACAUGUUACAAGAUCUUGAUAUACUUGAAGACUGGACAACCAUUAGAAAAGCAAUGGCUACGCUCGGACCACAUAGAGUUAAAGCAGAUGCAUCCAAAACAGAAAAACAACUUCACAGCGCCAGAUCAGAAGAUGGCAGGUUAUUUUACGAUGGGGAGUGGUACAGCCGUGGGCAGACUAUAUGUAUUGACAAGAAAGAUGACUUUCCUAUAAGUGCCACAAUAACAACCAUCAACAACGAUGAAGUAUGGUUUAAGAGGACAGACAACAGCAAAUCAAAACUUUACAUUUCUCAACUGCAGAAAGGAAAAUAUACCAUCAAGCAUAUGUAGCUUCAUAGUGCUAAUGUGAAGUGUCUUUUUGUAUGAAUUUUUUGUAUUGUCUACAAUAAUGAAGGUGCUGUGACAUCUCGAUUAAAAUGAAUGAAAAACAGUUAAUUCCAUUUGCAAAAAUAUCUAGUUUAUCUGGUGAGGAAGAGUUACUUGAGAAUGAAAUACUUUAUAUAUGUCACCACCUUUUUUUUCCAUUAAGUAAACCAAAAUUUGUAUUUGUUUAUUAUCAUUGUGUACACUUCAACUACUCCCCCUCUUGUUUGUACAAAUGAAAGGUUUUAUUUUGUCAGAUCUGUGACCUCUGCUUCAAGCAACUUGCUUCAAGCUAUACCAGAGGCAAAUAAGGUACCUAUUCAGUGUAUACUUGCAUUGCUUCUGAAUUUGAGACCCCCAAUAGUGCCAAACUCUACCUUGUCCCACCUGUUACAGUUGAACCACUGAACAUUAGACACCAUCAUAUUCAUACGAAUGUAGUACCCAGUUGUACCUGAUGAAAAAAUCUGAUGGUACCUAAAAGUUUUCAAUCAAUAAAUUAGCCCUUUACACUGGUGUCCAACACAUGGUUGUUGUGUUGGAAUGAACCAAACAGAGGAUGGAAUAAAUGUGAAAAUGCUACAGUGUUAACAGUUGGCCUAAUGUGUAGAAUGUUACAUUAUAGAGCCAUAUUUGUUUUCAUUUUCUGAAUUUCAAGUUUAGCAAACAAAGUCACAAAUAGAUCAUGAUGCUUUCAUCCAAUUGUAUUGUCUUUACCAAUUACUGUCUUUUAAGAACAUUAUAAGAAAAUAAGACCUUUGAAAGUGUGCAGUUUGUUGGUAAAUACAUUUGUCAGUUGUUUAUGUUCUUGAAUAGUUUUUGAGAUUUUUUUGUGGAAAUAAUUUGAACAAAUUGGAUGACAUUUGCUGAGCAUGACCAGUCUCUUUUAUAUAAAGGCAGUGAAAUUGAAUUAAGUACUUAUUUCCGCUUGUGGUUUUGUGUAAACUGCAACUUUCUUUUGUUGACUCAAUAUGCAGUAUAUUCUUGAUUAAACAUAAGCAAAAAAAGUUACAUAAUUCUACUAAUCGGUUGGAUGGUAAAAUCUUCCUACAACACCUGAUGAAUUUAGAGAAUUUCCUGACAUUUGUAUUGGCUACUGCGUGUAAAUGAAAUAAGACAAUUAAAGUGAGGUCCAAUUAAAGUUUUUCACCCUUCGCCAUGUGCUAUCAUUUGUGCUAGAAUAAUCUCUUGGUUACAAAGCCCUGCUCUUAUACACACACCUUGUUUAUUGAAGGAUUUUUACAUUUUGUUGAGUGUGCCUACGUGUAAAAUAAGUGUAUAAUUGUCAGCACAAUAUUGUAAUGCUUCAAUUGUCACCUCUAUUUCUCUCCGUAUGGUGUGGUCUCGCUGGUUUGAGAAGCACCUAGAUAUGAAUUGUCUGGGAAGUUAAUUGCUGUGUGUAGACCUAUCAUGAAUUUACAAUUUGUAUGCAUUUCCUCAGUCUGUGUGCAAUGUGAACAAAAGUGAUGGACGUUGGUUACUUUUGCAUGAAAAUGGAAUUUUAAAACUGCAAAUGGGUCAUGAACAAACUUUAU